CUUGAAUAUAGCGACAUCCGGCCUUCCAACCUGCUUUUGGACUCUGCGGAUCACCUUAAGCUAGCCGACUUCGACUGCUUAGCGGAGGUUGGCCAACAAGAGCUAGAAGCGGGAGCACUACUAUACGCUAGAGCUGGCGAACAAAGGGGAACAUUUGGACUGCUUAGGCCACGAACCGAGCAGUUCGCGAUCGGCAGUGUGUUCUACUUUUUGACGCGAGGGUUCGAGCUAUACGAAGAUACGCUAUUCACUAGCCCUGAAAUCGUGGAUCUGCUACAAAACAAGCAGUUUCCACUUACCGAGACCAAUGACACGAGGGACGACGUUAUCAAAAAAUGCUGGCAUGGAGACUUUGUUUCGAUACAGCAGCUUGCGAUCGAGGUGGAACCGCUGGGCUCCAUUGGGAGUUAUUACUCCAAAGAAGAUUCCUUUUAUGAGAUAAGGCAGGAAUGUAUUGACUGGUAUAAUACGUGGAAACCAUCAGUCAAUGCUUGGGUCACUCUGUUCAGAGCGCAAGUCCCGGGCGACGAGGGAUAG